CUUCGUAGAAACUCAGGAUACAAGUGAAGUAACAAAGUUGUGAACAAGAUGAAGAAUCUUCCAUUUUAUGCUUGUUUACUCAAUUUGAGUCUCUUGGUUUUUCUUCCCCAUAGCAAAGCCACUCAAGCUGACAAACUAGAUGAGUUGAUUCUAUCUAGGAGCUCACAGAAUCCUCCUGUGACCCUUUCUUGGGAAGAGGAAGAUGCAAUAAAAUUUCAUUCUAUUGCAAAUGUGGCAUCCCAAGAGGGGCUAAGGCAAGCUGAUAAGAUUGUCACAUUGCCUGGCCAACCCUAUGGGGUGAAUUUUGACCAAUAUUCAGGCUAUGUCACUGUUGAUCCAGUGGCUGGAAGAGAACUUUUCUAUUAUUUUGUGGAGUCUCCACAUAACUCCUCAACUAAACCUUUAGUGUUGUGGCUAAAUGGAGGACCUGGUUGUUCCUCACUGGGGUAUGGUGCAUUCGUGGAAUUGGGGCCCUUCAGAGUCAACUCUGAUGGCAAAACACUAUUUCUUAACAAAUAUGCUUGGAAUGAAGCCUUUGACACUUAUCCCAUGAUUUACUUCACCGCUCUUAAAUCGUGUCUCCUUUAA